AUGGCGAGUGCUCAAAGGUUUGACUCGGACUUCGGGCGGUCGACAAUACCUCUAUUGCUCCAACCUGGAUAUCUUGAGUCUAGUUUUAAAGACGAUUCGAGCCUCAUGAACUCCAAUGCAACACUUGUCACAACUCAAGAGCCAUUGCCAAAGCUAAAGCCGCAGGGACAAAUGAGGCUGGAUCUUCCAACAGCUGGUUCAACAGACAAACCUGCUGGAUACUACCUUCUUCUUCAACAUUCCCGAUCAGUGAAGAAACAGCUAGAGUCACAAACCAUCAGACCGCUUCCAGAACGUAAAGGCGGGCCGAAACUCGCAUUUGGUUGCCUUCCAAAUAAGAAACCCCGUGUAGGGCCUCAAUACCGAAUACCUUCAGCCAGGUCGCAGGAUGACUUAGAACCGUCUGUCAAAAGGCAGCCACUGCAGUCAAACUUUGGCUAUUACCCAAACUAUGAAAGGCCACCGGCUUUCGUUGAAUCAUCGAAACAGAAAUCCACACGUACUGUGAAGUUCAUGGCCGAUGCUCCACCACCUGCUCCGAAAAGGAAUCCUCGCGGUCGAUAUCCCGACUACGAACUCUCUUGA